AUGAAGUGUUUGGAGAAAGUGAGGCCGGGACCUCGCAUUGACCAGUAUCUCUUGAGAGAAAGGUCAAGUCAGGCGAGUGAAGCUCAGCGGCAGGAUUUACCCCGCAGCCCGUCGAGCAUCAGUACCCCAGUGGCUGAAAGUGAUUCAAGCACAACAUUAGAGAACCUGGAACCAAGCCACGUGCAACCUGCUUUGGAGAAGAACAUUCAAGGCCACAGACCUCAUGUGAAGUGGCCAAAAUCCAGCAGCAAGAAAGAGUGGGCAACAAUCGAUGCAGACCUGAUCGAGAUCCUCGACGGAGUUAAAGGAACAGUGGAGAAGAAGCUGGAGAAAAUCGGCGAUCUGAUCUACUCUUAUGGAGCAGAAAGGUUUGGAACGAAAGACACGGGAAGGAAGAACAAGACACCAACAUCCCCUCCCGAGUCUAGAAGGCAAAAAGAAAUCCAGCGUCUAGUCAAAGAGAGAAGAGUCUUGAGGAAGCGAUGGAAGAGAGCCUCAUUGGAGGAAAGAUCGGGCAUUGACCUCCUACAUGCAGACCUGAAGGGACGCCUGGGAACACUGCGGAGAGCUGAAAACCUCAGGACUCGACGCAAGAGGAAGGAAAGAGCGAGAACAUCUUUCUACAAGGAUCCCUUCAGAUUUGUCAAAGGACUCUUCACAAAGGAAAAGAGCGGGUUACUUAAGGUGCCAAAGAGGGAAUUUGACGAUCACCUGAAAGCGACGCACACAGACAGCCAAAGACUGGAACAGAGGGAAAUACCACCAGACAUGCCACCACUUCCUCAACCAAAACAUCAGCUGGACGACAGUCCCCCAAGAUGGAGUGAGGUCGAGGAAGCAGUGAGGAAGGCACGGGCAGCCUCAGCUCCAGGACCAAACGGAGUUCCAUACCGGCUGUAUAAAAACUCCCCCAACGUCUUACGCUUUCUGUGGAAGCAAAUGAAGGUGACAUGGACUAAGCAAAACAUCCCAAAAGCCUGGCGAAGAGCAGGGGGAGUGGUGAUACCCAAGGAGAAGGAAGCCUCAAACAUCGAUCAAUUUCGGCAGAUCAAUCUGCUGAAUGUUGAAGGGAAGGUCUUCUUUAGCAUUGUUGCCAAAAGGAUGACAACGUAUCUCAAGCAAAACAACUUGAUUGAUACGUCUGUGCAGAAAGCUGGCAUACCUGGUUUCUCAGGAUGCUUGGAGCAUACAAGCAUGAUAUGGCACCAAAUCCAAUCUGCCAAACGCGAAGGAAGAGACCUGCACGUCGUAUUCCUCGACCUAGCCAACGCUUUCGGAUCGGUCCCCCAUUCUCUCAUUUGGACAGCCUUCAGUUUCUUCCACAUCCCCGAUACCAUCAUCAAUCUGGUCAGAAACUACUUCAAAGAUCUGCAAUUCUGUAUCAAAACGCCAGAAUACACAACAUCCUGGCAAUCUUUAGAAGUGGGAGUAAUGGCUGGAUGUACCAUUUCUCCACUAGCCUUCACCAUGGCAAUGGAAGUGAUCAUCCGGGCUUCUAAGUGGGUGGUGGGAGGAGAACGUCUGCCCUGUGGACAGCGGCUGCCUCCCAUUCGUGCCUACAUGGAUGACAUGACCACUUUGACCCCAACCAUCGCAUGCACCAAAAAUCUGCUGGGAAAGCUGCAUUCAAACAUCUCAUGGGCACGCAUGAAGUUCAAACCCAGCAAAUCCAGGAGCAUAUCCAUCGUCAAAGGAAAACUCGUCGACCAAAGGUUCCAUAUCGAGGACACACCCAUCCCGUUGGUGUCAGAGCUGCCAGUCAAGAGCUUGGGGCGAUGGUACAACACGAGCCUCAAAGACUCAGACCAGAGUGAUCAACUGAGGGAAGAAGCCAUCAAAGGCCUUGUCAGUAUUGACAAGACCUUGCUCCCUGGCAAGUUGAAACUUUGGUGCCUGCAGUUUGGGUUGCUCCCCCGUCUGAUGUGGCCCCUAACAGUCUACGAGAUCCCUAUGACCAAAGUCGAGAAGCUGGAGAGGACAGUCAGUUCAUACAUCAAGAAGUGGCUUGGCCUCCCGCGGUGCCUCAGCAACAUCGGCUUGUAUGGACACGGUGCCCUAGAACUGCCCGUCUCUAGCCUCAUAGAGGAGUUUAAAUGCACCAAAGUGAGGCUGAACAUGACCCUGACUGAUUCUCAAGAUGAUGUGAUCCGAGCGGCUGCUCCCAGACUGGUAACAGGAAGGAAAUGGAUCCCAUCUGAGGCCGUACAGCAAGCUAAAUCUGCUCUCAGGCAUGGAGACAUUGUAGGACAGGUACAGCAUGGAAGAGGUGGGUUUGGACUUGCAACGAGUCGACCCACAUGGCACAAGGCAACAUCUACCCAGAGGAGAAAGCUGGUGGUUGGCCAGGUGCGGCAACAAGAGGAGGCAGAGAGAUGCGCAACGGCAGUCUCACAGUCCAAACAGGGGCAGUGGACUAGCUGGGAAAACAUCGAGCAUCGGAAGCUCACAUGGAAGGAUCUUUGGGUAAUGGAAGGAAGCCAAAUUAGCUUCAUCAUCAGAGCCACCUAUGAUGUUCUUCCCACACCCAAGAACCUAAACCAGUGGCUGGGAGAAGAUCCCUCCUGUGCACUUUGCCAAACUCCUGGAACACUGCGGCACAUCCUCACUGGCUGCAAAACCAGUUUGUCCCAAGGUCGAUACACCUGGAGACACAACCAGGUUCUACGACAACUGGCGAUCACCCUGGAAGAAAGGAGAAGCACCACCAACGCCCUCCCUCCACCAAUGCCCAGACACUCGAACACCACCACCUUUGUAAAAGCAGGACAACUCCCAAUAAAACCAUCUGCAAGAGUCGAAACAACCAUCCUAGACUCUGCCCGAGACUGGAGGAUGCUGGUUGAUCUUGACAAGAAACUCGUCUUCCCGCCUGAGAUCAUAACAACUAACCUCAGACCAGACCUGGUCUUGUGGUCAACCUCCCAGAAGUCUGUGUUCAUUGUUGAACUAACUGUACCAUGGGAGGCUGCAGUUGGUGAAGCAUAUGAACGCAAACAACUGAAGUACGCUGACGUAGCAGCCGAGGCAGAACAGCGCGGCUGGCGUACGCAGGUGCUUCCGGUCGAGGUCGGAUGUAGAGGGUUUGUUGCCACGUCCACAACCAAGCUUCUUAAGAGGAUGGGAGUCCGAGGACAGGUGUUCCGCAAAGCCGUCAAGUCACUGUCAGAAGCUGCAGAGCGAAGCAGCAACUGGCUUUGGAUCAAGAGAAAGGACCCCAACUGGGCUGCAAAAUGA